UCUGCUCCUGCUGGCGUUCGGCAAUGGCUUGAAAAAAAGAGCGGAGCCGUUCGUCAAAAGAUGAUGGGUAAAAGAGUAAACUAUGCAGCGAGAACUAUUAUUGCUCCAGACUGUCAAAUUGAUACUAAUGAAAUCGGUAUUCCAAAAGAGUUUGCAAUGAAAUUAUCUGUUCCCAUAUUUGUAAAUACACUCAAUAUAGACGAAGUUUGUCAAAGAAUAAACAACGGUGCAACAGUAUAUCCAGGUUGCAAUUUUUUAACUUACCCGUCGGGAAGAAUCCUGGAUUUUAUUCGGAAGCCACUUAACGAAACUCAAAAAGCCAAUUUGUGCAAUGAAAUACGUUCCAACCUCCAGGCAUCCUUGGAUAAUCUUGACAAGAUCGAAGGUAAGCCUUUCAUACUUCGAAGACAUUUGAAAAAUGGAGACACUGUUUUAAUGAACAGGCAACCGUCUUUGCACAAACCGUCUAUUUUAGCGCAUUUCGUUCGCGUUUUAGAAAAUCAGAAAUGUUUUAGACUGCACUAUACUAACUGUUCUGGUUAUAAUGCCGAUUUCGAUGGAGACGAAAUGAAUUUACAUUGUUUACAAAACCCGACCGCACAGGUUGAAGCCGCGAUACUUAUGAACGCUGAUACAAACUAUACAAACCCCAGAAAUGGAGCUCCAUUGAGAGGGUUAAUUCAAGACCACAUUGUUUCUGGAGCUUUGCUGACUGUAAAAGGAACUUUUUUGAGAAAAGACGAGUAUUUACAAAUUAUAUAUUCGGCUGUUGCGAAAUACGUCGACAAAAAUGUUUGUAUAGAACCACCCACGAUAUUUUACCCUGUUCAGCUGUGGACUGGAAAACAGGUUAUUUCUUCCUUGCUGAAAACUAUUGUGGACUAUGCAGCUAUGUCUUUGUAUGGAUUGAAUUCCAACUUGAAACUUGACAAGUCUUUUACGGAAAACUACAAGGGAAUCAAUUUGCAGAGCAAAUCUAAAACAUCCGUAACAGCUUGGCGCGGUAUCAUUACUACUGAUAAUGACGAGGCUACAGUUGUAAUUCAAAACAGUGAGCUUUUACAAGGAGUUUUCGAUAAAACCCAGUAUGGUGCUUCCUUUAAUGGUCUAGUUCACGUUUGCUCUGACUGGGAAAAAGCAUUAGUACUAUUAAGACAAAGGCUGAGACAAGCAGCCUAG